CGGAUUUCUCCUGGACUGCCUACAAUGUUUGAAACGGAGGGAAGAAGCAUGUCACGGCUCUCUCUGACCCGGUCCCCGGUCUCUCCUCUGGCCACUCAGGGUAUCCCUCUGCCGGCUCAGCUGACCAAGGCGAAUGCCCCGGUGCACAUCGACGUCGGGGGACACAUGUACACCAGCAGCCUGGCGACCCUCACCAAGUUCCCAGACUCCAGAAUCAGUCGUCUGUUCAAUGGCACUGAGCCCAUCGUGUUGGACAGCUUGAAGCAGCACUACUUCAUAGAUCGGGACGGCGAGAUAUUCCGCUACAUUCUCAGUUUCCUCAGAACCAGCAAAUUGCUCCUCCCAGAUGACUUCAAGGACUUCCACUUGCUGUAUGAGGAGGCGCGGUAUUACCAGCUAAUGCCCAUGAUUAAAGAGCUGGAGCGCUGGAAGCAGGAGCGUGAGCAGCGGCGGAUGGCGCAGCCCUGCGACUGCUUGGUGGUUCGUGUCACACCCGACCUGGGCGAGAGGAUCGCCCUGAGCGGGGAGAAGGUCCUCAUCGAGGAGAUCUUCCCCGAGACUGGAGAUGUUAUGUGCAACUCAGUGAACGCCGGCUGGAACCAGGACCCGACGCACGUCAUUCGCUUCCCUCUCAAUGGCUACUGCAGGCUCAACUCUGUCCAGGUUAUGGAGCGUCUCUUCCAGAAAGGCUUCAGCGUGGCGGCGUCAUGCGGCGGCGGCGUGGACUCCUCCCAGUUCAGUGAGUACGUGUUGUGUCGCGAGGACCGGCGGAGUCUGUCCAUGAACACGCCCAUCAGGAUAAAACAGGAACCCCUGGACUAG